AUGCGUGAGUUGGAAAGACGGAACCCAGUGCGUCCUUCCCUUGCGGCGAAACCCCUCAAGUCGGACAGACUCACAGCAGCUAUCGAAUCGGGUGUGCCGAUUUGGAUAGCGCGGAAACAAGAGAAAGCCCGCCUCAGGGCGCAGGAGCACAGGGCAAGGGUGGGCGCAGAGGCCGCUAAGGCGCGUGCCGAACGGCCCCCAGGGGAGGACCCGGAGCCCACCGCAGAAGCCUUAGACGAGCGCAUGAAAGAGGCCGCGCGGCAGGAAUUGCGCGAGUUCCGCGCGUUGCUUUCCCAAGAAGGAACCCGCCAAGCCAAAAGGCCGCCAGAUUCGUCGCGCAGGCGAAAGCUGAAGAAAAAACAGCGCAAAGAGCGACUGCGAGAGCGGGCCCGCAACGAUGACGCGGCCCGCGAUACGAAUCAUGCUAUCGCACAUGCCCACAGCCGAAGCAAGCAAGAACAGAAUCCUCGGGAGCCCGAGGGUCGUUUCGACCCCGGGCUCCCCGAGGCAAGUGCCCUUGCUCUUCCGCCUAGGAGGGACGUGCGCCAGCAAGAGCGGCAUUUAGGGGAGACAGGCCUUGUUGAAGGCGUCACCUUGGGGGUGGUGGUCUGCCUCUGGGCACAGUUUUGUUGGAAGCGCGUUCGGUGCUGCUGCCGCAGAGGACGGCGGACAGACACCAACAGCAACAACUUCAACAGGCCACCCUCCUUUGAGGGGGCACCGCCCCCCAAGGCACCGCCGCCUCCUUUGCGUAUGGUAGCAGACCGCUCUGCCUCGUCUAGCCAGACAAGAGACGCGCCACUGGCAUCCCCAACUGUGUUGGGGCAACCCGCGGCACCCAACCAACUGAGGGGGGUCGCCAAGGCUCCUCCCCCGCCGCCGCCCGAGGCCCCCAUAGAGAGGCUUCAACGGAGGAGGGUGGGCAACACUACUGUUGUCUGCACCCCUCGAGGCACCUCAUACCAUAGGCCCUCCUGCCCGCACGUCUCAGGACACGAGACACGGCCGUGUACCGCGUGCACGCCCACCACCUUCAUCCCAGCUCCGACUGCCAAGCCCUACGGGGGAAGGGCAGAGGUGAAAUUCCUCAGUGACGAUGCCACCUUCCACUCCCCGUCUUGCGUGCUGGUUCGACCGCUUCACAAGUCGGCUCAACCCUGCCGCGACUGUGGACCGGAGACUCGGUGGGAGUACGCCCCAGAGCUUGGCCCUCGCAACCGGGACGACGCCGAGAGGGAUACAAAUCAUGCUGUGGCGCACCUGUGGCUGCUAGUGUGUGUGAUGUUCCUGGCCGCGGGCCUUCUGAGCGGCUGUGUUUGGGGUGCACAAGGUGACCCCAGCGACCCUGUCCUCCCGCAGGGAUCGGAGGGGUCCGAGGAAUGUUUCAUUCCCGGACCUCCUCCCCCCAGCCAGGAGGAGGGUGAGGGGCCGUCGGCGAAGCGCUGUGGCGCGAAGCCCCGGCGGAAGGUCGAAUUUCGAGAGGAAGGAGACCCACCCUCUUUUGAAGUACUUUCUGGUCCCGUGAAAGGCCAGCGAGAGCCGCCGUUCUUGGGAGGGCCGUCCACGGCCAGAAGGCUUUACGGCACCAAGACGCCACAGCUGGCCCUCCCUCUUGCCAGUAGGGAGGCUUUCGAAUCAGAAGCACUGAGGGUUGCCAUGGACAGACUCACCUUGACCACCCAGAAAGCGUAUCAGGGACAAUUAAGGUGGUGGAGGCUUUUCUGUUGCCGCCGUCAAGUCCCGUGGCUUCUUAGCGGAAAGGAGCCCAGCGAGGAAGAAACGCUCCUGCUGGACUUCCUCCUCCACACGGCUAUCAAUGGAGCCAGAGCGCCAGGAACCCUCAAAAUGAGACUUGCGGCCAUUAAGUCGGCCCAUAUGUCCUUGGGUUUGAGGGACCCUCUGGAAGGCAAACCUCGUUUGCUCCUGGUGUUGGCGGGUUUCAAGAAGAGGUACGCUACGCCGACGCGAAGGCUACCUGUGACUCCCGUCAUGCUGUCAUACCUCUUUGUUCAGCUGUGGGAGACCGCACCGCGAGAAGCCCCCAAUCUUUGGCUAGCCUUGUGCCUCGGAUAUUUCUUUCUGUUGAGAGCCUCCGAGUUCCUCCCUGUCCCUUACCUCCCCGACUCUCGACACCUCAAAGGCGAAGACUUGAGGCUGAGAAGGGAGGGACGGGACUGCACCUCAGCGGAUUUCGCCUCCGCAGAUGAGGUAGUUAUCACCUUAAGGGGGAGCAAGACGGACAGGUUCAAUAAAGGUACUACUCGAAAUCACUUUCGUGGUAGCCCUCCACUCUGUCCUGUCGACGCUGCGAUCAAGUUCUUCUCUACCUUCCCCACCCGGUAUUGGGGGGGAGAAGAAUCUGAAGAGCCCCUCCUGAAAGGUGUAACCCGCGAGUGCAUCCAAAUGCUCAUCGCCAAGGCCGCAGAGCAGCAAGGCAUGAGGGGUGCAACGGGAGCGCAUUCCCUCAGAUUCGGCGGCGCGUCCGCCAUCUGGGCUGCAUACCAGAACUCAGCUCAGCUCCAGCGGUUUGGAAGGUGGGCAAGUGAUAUCUAUCAUGGCUACACUUGGGAUGCCAGAGCUUCCUCUCAGGGGGUCGCCAAGGCUAUGGCAGAGGUUGACCUCAUUCCUCCUUGA